AUGAGGAUGAGAACGGCCACUGCAACAUCGGCGGCAGCGAGACUGGCGGCAGCGAGGUCGACAGCUGCCAGGUCGUCUGCUGCAUGCGACGGCGGCAUCUCGAGGCAGCAGAAGCAGAGGAAGCAGCAGCAGAAGCAGCAGCAGCAGCUCCCGCCCAAGUCGACGCCGCCCUCGCGGUCCGCCGCCGCGCCCUCACCAUGGCUCUCCGAUGCCGAUCUCGCCGCGCUCGCCAGCCAGGACCAGCACGCGCUUAGCCUUGCCGACCUCGCCAGGCAUGGCCGACCGCCCUUGUCCGAACGUUCCCUCCUCUCGUCGGCCAACUUCACCCUCUCCCUUCUUCCCAUCCGCCUCGCUCGACGUAUCCAGGCCCUCCGCAACCUCCCGUACAUUGUCGUGUCCAACCCCAACAUAUCUCGCAUCUACAACAAUUAUCUCCAUUCCCUCUCCAUCCUGCUCCCAUACUGGCAUGCCGCCCGUCGUGGUCGUCCAGUUGCUGCUGCCGAGGACGAGAUCAGGUUCACAAAGGUCCUCGCCGAGCUGGUCGCAACCCAUACCGACACCAUCCCGAUACUCGCAAAGGGCUUCCUCGAAUGUCGCAAGUACAUCUCCAACGCUGACGUCACGCGCUUCCUCGACGAGCACCUGCGCGCCCGCAUCGGUACGCGGCUCGUGGCGGAGCAGCACAUUGCCCUGCACUACAGUAGCCAGCCUCGCAGCCAGGCUCGCAACAUCCCGGACGACGGCCCGACGCCACGGCCGGAGCAGCGCUCCUACGUUGGAGUCAUCGACACUGCCCUGCGCCCAGCCCAGACCGUCGAGUCUUGCGCCGGAUUCGUGUCCGACAUCUGCGAGCUGCGUUACGGAUACCGCCCCCGGCUCGUCGUCGAUGGCGAACCGGACACGACCUUUGCCUUCGUCCCCAUGCAUCUCGAGUACAUCGUCACCGAGCUUCUGAAGAACGCGUUUCGCGCCACUGUCGAGAGUGGAUGGCAGGAGCCUGUCGUCGUCACCAUUGCGCCGGAGCCACCCUCGAAGUUUAAGCUCAAGCACCAGCCCGCGGGCCCCUCGGCCGCAGUGACCCCCGUUCAUGCCCAUGACGGCGACCUCAUCAGUCGUGACGCCAUGCGCCCGCUCGACGACAACGCACCUGGCGUCACCAUUCGCAUCCGUGACCGCGGCGGCGGCAUCCCCCCGGAUGUCCUUCCCAACAUCUGGUCGUACUCCUUCACCACCUUCUCAGACGAGCUCGAUCUUCCCGGCCCGGGCGGUAGCGGUCCUGAAGCUCUCAGCGCCAUCGCCACCGCGAGCACUGGCGGAAGCUCCAUCGCGGGCCUGGGCUACGGCCUACCCCUGAGCCGCGCCUAUGCCGAAUACUUCGGCGGGGGUAUUGCCGUCCAGAGUCUCUACGGCUGGGGCACCGAUGUCUACCUACGGCUCAAGGGCGUCGGCACCAUUGAUGAAUAG